AUGAGCCACUCGUCCAUGCACUCCACUUCCUACCGCCGCACUUUUGGCAGCCCUCAUCCCAUCUCCAUGUCCUCCUACUCCCCUGUGUCUUCUCGCAUGCCCUCGGGCGGCCGUUACAGUCAAAACAUGCCUCCGAUGGCCUCGUCGAGCCGCACAGCCGCGUACCAACGCAGUGCGAGGCCCCAGCAGGCUCCACGUGUUUCCUACGACAAAGUGGACUUCACGUUGUCCGAGGCAAUCAACCAGGACUUCCUCGCCACGCGCAGCAAUGAGAAGGCCGAGCUGCAGGAGCUGAACGACCGCUUCGCCAGCUUCAUCGAGAAAGUGCGGUACCUGGAGCAGCAGAAUGGCUUGCUGACACAGGAGCUGAACCAGUUCAAAGGGCAGGCGCAGCAAGGCCAGCCCAACCGCGCCACCGACAUGUUCCAGGAGGAGAUGCGGGAGAUGCGCCGACAGAUGGAGGCCAUCGGCAAAGAGAGAGACCAGUACCUGAUGGAGCGGGACAACCUGGCAGAGGACCUGACACUGCUCAAGCAGAGGCUGGACGAGGAGAACCAGAAGCGCACAGAGGCAGAGAACAAUCUGGUGGCUUUCCGGAAGGACGUGGACGACGCAACUCUGUCACGUCUGGAGCUGGAGAGAAAGAUCGAGUCUCUGAUGGACGAGAUCGAGUUCCUCAAGAAACUCCACGAUGAGGAGAUCCAGGACGUGCAGGUGAGCGUGCAGACUCAGCAGCUGAGCAUGGAGGUCCAGAACACCAGCCGUCCGGACCUGACCGGGGCCCUGCGGCAGAUCCGGGCCCAGUAUGAGAACAUCGCCAUGAAGAACAUGCAGGAAUCUGAAGACUGGUACAAGAGCAAGUUCACAGAUCUGACGGAUUCGGCCAAACGCAACACGGACGCUCUGCGGCAGGCGAAGCAGGAGGCCAACGAGUCCAGGAGGCAGAUCCAGUCCUUGAACUGUGAGGUGGACGCGCUCAAGAACACGAAUGAAGCGCUGCUGCGGCAGAUGCGCGACAUGGAGGACCAGUUUGGAAACGAGAUCUCCAACUACCAGGACUCUGUGUCUCGACUGGAGGACGAGAUCCGCCAUCUGAAGGAGGAGAUGGCCCGACACCUCCGCGAGUACCAGGACCUCCUCAACGUCAAGAUGGCCCUGGACAUCGAGAUCGCCACCUACAGGAAGCUGCUGGAAGGAGAGGAGAGCAGGAUCACUAUUCCCGUCGGUAUGGGCAUGACCAACCACGCUGGAGACCGCGAUUACGAACAGCCUCCCAGGGAGCAGCCCAAGAAGCCGGUGGUCAUCAAGACGGUGGAGACCCGUGACGGAGAGGUGGUGAAGGAGUCCAGGACCGAGAAAGACCAGGUUCGACGUGGAAAGGACGAAAGCGACAACUAG